AUGCGAGUCGGGGGGGAGAAACGACCGCUCCGUCAGGAUCUUCAAGAUUAUGAUCCGAGGCAGAGACGGAGAACGGAUGAAGUGAAAUAUCCGGAUCACCAGUGGGAUGAUAAGGAUGGACAUUAUAUGAUAACUUUGGGAGAGUCGUUGCUCCCAAGGUACAAGAUUCUCAAAGUGAUAGGGGAAGGAACCUUCGGCAAGGUGACCCAGUGCUGGGAUCGGCACGAGAAGAAGUAUGUUGCGAUCAAGAUCAUCAAAAGCAUACAGAAGUACCGGGAUGCAGCCAAGGUAGAAAUCAGCAUUCUCAAAGACAUUGAGAGGAAAGACAAGAAUGGGACAAGUGGAUGCAUUAGAAUGCUGGAAGCUUUUGACUUCCGAGGGCACUUCUGCCUCGUGUUCGACUUGCUGGGCAUGAGUAUGUACGACUUCUUGAGGCAAAAUUCUUACCGUCCAUUCUCUUUGAAUGAGGUGCAGAUAUUUGGGAAACAGAUACUCAACGCCGUUUCAUUUCUGCACAACAUGGGUUUAAUUCACACCGAUCUCAAGUUGGAAAAUGUGCUGCUCGUAAAUUCCGACUGGCAAUAUCAUCGGCACGCAGUUCAUGGUCGUUCCAGGGUGGUGAAGAGGAAGGAUGUAGUUGUGAUUGAUCUUGGAAGUGCGAUCUAUGAGAAAGAUCAUCACGCAACCGUCGUGUCCACUCGACACUAUCGUGCGCCCGAAGUUGUUCUCGGGAUGGGUUGGUCUUUUCCAUGUGACCUCUGGAGCGUGGGCUGCAUCCUCUUGGAGUUGUUCACUGGCGAAGCAACCUUCCAAACACACGAGAACAUGGAGCACCUCGCUAUGAUGGAGAAGAUAUUCGGAAAGAUUCCGCUUCACAUUGUCUCGCGUGUAGACCGCAAAGAGUCUGGUCGAUACUUCAGCGACAGUGGCGAACUUCGGUGGUCGGAGGAGGCGACGCAGGACAGUGUGCGAGCAGUGGAGAAGUUGAAGCCGUUGAAGAGCAUGUUCGAUCUGAGCCGAGAGGAUCAUCGUCAAUUCUACGACCUUUGCAGGGAGCUGAUGAUCUUGGAUCCCAACUCAAGAAUGACUGCCAGCGCCUCCCUCAAUCAUCCGUUCUUCCAGCUCAACAUCGAGCCAGACUUCACGGACCUCACCCUCCUUCAAUAUCCCGAUGCACCCAUCCCUCCCUCCACCAUGCCUGCUCCUCCAGGCCACGUCCCAGGAAAGAUCAACUCAACCCAGGUCCCACGGAAUACAGCGAGUGAGACUCUCCUUCAGCAGAAUCCAAGCUUCCAUGCAGGACUGCCUGCUGGCGGCUCGGAGACUUCAGGAAAGAGUUGGCUGCCGCAAGACAUUAACGCAUAGGACGAGCAGAAGAGAAUAGAGGAGCAUUUGCGUCGAUGGGGGGUCAGCAUUGCAGAGACUGGGGCUGAGGGUGUGAGAGUGCAUGGAACUUGGCCAACAUGCAGAGGGGGAGAGGCUGUUCACAUACAGGAGGAGCUCUUUAUUGAUUAAAACACUUAAAGUUG